UUGCUAAAACAUCAGCGAACAGAUAAUGAUAAACAAGCUUCUCAAAACGAUGAAAACCCCUAAUCUCAAUCUAGCCCUCUCUCUCCUCCUCUCUUUCAUAUUCCUCUCCAAACCCUCUCAUCAGGCUUCUAAUCCUCCUCCACCCCUCCCCAACCCUAGACUUCUAAAGGCUUACACAGCCCUCCAAGCAUGGAAACAUGUCAUCACCUCCGACCCCAACAACUUCACCGCCAACUGGUGCGGCCUAAAUGUUUGCAACUACACCGGUGUCUACUGCGCACAAGCCCCCGAUGACCCUCACACUGUCACAGUGUCCGGCAUAGACCUUAACCAUGCCAACAUCGUCGGUUCAUUGCCUGAAGAGCUUGGCCUCUUAACUGACCUAGCCCUCUUCCACGUCAACUCCAAUCGCUUCUAUGGCACUGUUCCAUAUAGCUUUCGUUACCUUCACCUUCUCCACGAGCUCGACAUUAGCAACAACCAAUUCUCAGGCCAAUUUCCUUUGUCUGUUCUUUACCUUCUAUCACUCAAAUUCUUAGAUGUCAGGUACAAUAAUUUUCGGGGAGAAAUUCCAUCUACGCUCUUCGAUUUAAAACUCGAUGCGUUGUUCGUCAACAACAACAAGUUCCAAUUCUCAUUGCCACAAAACAUCGGCAACUCCUCACUAUCUGUGAUUGUCUUGGCAAAUAAUGAUCUCAAGGGUUGCAUCCCUUCAAGUUUUGCAAAUUUGAAGGACACAUUAGACGAAGUUAUACUCAUGAAUAGUGGACUAAGGGGUUGUUUGCCAUCAAAUUUAGGGCUAUUGGACAAAGUCAAAGUGUUUGAUAUAAGCAACAAUGACCUAGUGGGCGCGUUGCCAGAAUCUACGGGUGGGAUGAAGAGUUUGGAGCAGCUAAACGUGGCAAAUAACAAAUUUUCCGGGAAGGUUCCGGCAAGUAUUUGCUCUUUGCCUAAGUUGGAGAACUUUACCUAUUCUUAUAACUAUUUCUGUACUCAACCACCAACGUGCAUGAAGUUGCAAGAACAAGAUGACAGGAAGAAUUGUAUUCCAUAUAGGCAAUUGCAACGAUCACCAAAAGAGUGUGCGACAUUUUAUGCAAAUCUGGUCAAUUGUGAUGCCUUUGGCUGCAAACCUAGCUAGAAGUCCAAGCCCGCCACCACCACGCUCACCACCGCCUCCUCCUUGGCCUCGUGUGGCUUAUCAUUAUCGAUGAUCAUAGAGAAUAAGAAUUUUUUUUCAUGCUAGCUAAUUGUUGCUUUGUAUUGGAGGGAUUGUUAACUUGAAAUCCCAAAAAAAAAAAAAA